AUGACCAAUGUCACCUUGGUGGCAGGAUUUCUCCUUGUGGGGUUUUCUGACAUCCAAGAGCUUCAGAUAGUAUAUGGGGUGCUCUUCCUAGUGAUUUAUCUGGCUAUCCUAAUGAGUAAUCUCAUCAUUAUUCUCACUACCCUAGACCUGCAGCAACAAACAACAAUGUACUUUUUCCCGAAGAACUUGUCUUUCCUGGAUGUCUUCCUUGUGUCUGCCCCAAUCCCCAAUUUCAUUGUCAACAACAUAGAUGACAGCAAUUCCAUUACCACUUUAGGUUGUGCCUUCCAGCUACUUUUAAUGACUUCCUUCUCAGAAGGUGAGGUAUUUGUCCUCCCUGCCAUGUCCUAUGAUUGCUAUGUAGCCAUAUGUUGUCCCCUGCACUAUGAGGUCAUCAUGAAUGGUGAUGCCUGUGUACUGAUGGCAGGUUUUUCCUGGGCUGUUGGGGGACUCUUAGGAGCUCUGUACACUGCUGGCACAUUUUUUAUGCCAUUCAGUGGCUCCAAUGUGAUUCCACAGUUUUUCUGUGAUGUUUAUUCAUUGCUAAGGAAUUCCUGUUCUGAAACACUCCUGAUAGUUUACACAAACAUUGGCAUAGGCUUGUGUUUAGGCAUGUCGUGUUUCAUCUGCAUUGUUAUCUCUUAUGUGUGUAUUUUCUCCACCAUGCUGAAAAUUUCAAUCACAAAAGGCCAGUCAAAAGCUUUCUCCACAUGCUUUCCCCAUCUCAUUAUUUUUACUCUUUUCAUUAUCACUGCUUGUUUUGUUUAUCUCAAACCAUCUUCAAAUCCACCCACAGUUAUUGACAGGCUGCUUUCUGUCAUCUACACUGUGGUACCUCCAAUACUCAACCCUGUAAUCUACAGCCUGAGGAAAAAGGACAUGAAACGGGCUCUUAUGAGAUUGCUGCACAAAACCUGUGGCCAAGAGUCACACUCUGUUUAA